AAAGCUGCUCUUCAGCGAGCAGAGAAGAAGCUUGCUGCUGCAAAAGCUGAGCUGGAGAAUGCAAGUUUCAUACCAACAACGUCCGAUCUGCCGAUGCCGCUUGAGGACUACAAGCGGUAUGGGCGGCAGAUGAUCUCGGAGAACUUUGGACUUCCUGGUCAGUUGAGAUUGCGCUCUGCGCGAGUACUUGUCGUCGGUGCUGGAGGAUUGGGUUGUCCUGCGCUCCAGUAUCUCGCCGCUGCGGGGAUUGGCAUGAUUGGCGUCGUUGAUCCUGAUCAAGUCGAUAUUUCGAACCUGCAGCGGCAGGUAUUACAUACCACAGCCAGGGAGGGUUGGCCCAAGGCGCUAUCGGCCAAGGCGGCGAUGGAGGCUAUCAACCCCGCCAUCCAAGUAAUCCCUCACAUCAUAUUCCUCAACUCGAGCAACGCGCUCCCUCUGUUCGCCUCGUACGACCUCAUCCUAGACUGCACCGACAACCCCCAAACGCGCUACCUCAUCUCAGACGCCUGUGUCGCUCUUGGUAAACCGCUCAUAUCCGGUGCUGCGAUCCGCUACGAUGGUCAACUGUGUGUGUACAAUCUUCCUCUCCGACUUGCAGAUUCGGAGGACGAGAGAGGACCGUGCUAUAGGUGCCUGUGGCCUGUUCCACCGAAGCAGGAGGAAGUUGGCACAUGCGAGGAAGUCGGCGUAUUGGGCACCGUUACGGGAGUGAUUGGGGUGCUCCAAGCACAGGCAGCCAUCCAGCUAUUGGCUGGUCUAGGACCAUAUGCGCCAGAAGAGAAAGCGGUGCCCACCCUCCUCACAUACUCGGCGUUGGGAAAUCCGAUGUUCAGGAGCCUGAAGCUCAGACCGAGGAGAAAAGACUGUCUUGCCUGUGGCAGAGAAGGAGGGGCGCGAGAGCUGGUAGAAGAGGGAGAUUAUGUCGCUUUCUGUGGUGGGGCGAGGGAGGAUCUGGAGGAGACCGGGAGGAGGACAGGAGAGACGAGGGUUGAGGUGCAAGAGCUACAGAGGAGGCGGGAGGGAGCGGUCAUUCUGGAUGUCAGGUCGAAGGAGGAGUUCUCGAUCUGCCAUCUACCAGAGGCUAGCAACGUCCCCUUGAAGACAUUGCUUCGAGAUCCACUCGCAUACAUACCACCCGGACGGGAUAUGUACGUCCUCUGCAAGCUUGGUAACGACUCUCAAGUCGCUGCCCAUGCUCUACGAACGGCCCUGGGUAAUAGUGCACAGGUGAAAGAUGUAGUCGGAGGCUUGCGCGCUUGGUCCAAGGAGAUUGACAUCACUUUCCCCAUGUAUUAG